UAAAUUAGAAGAUAAGAAAUGGAGAAAGAUCCAGCAACAGCUGCCACAGGUGGAGGAGGAGUAGUAGUUGAACUCGACCAUGCCAUUGGUUAUUCUGGAAAAAUUGUAAACUCUGUUCACUUACACCCAAAUGCCAAUGACUAUGUUCUAAUUGCAGGAGCAAGCAUUAUUGUUGGAGAUAUAAACGAUCCUCAUAAUCAACAUUUCCUGAGAGGUCAUGAUGAUCAAAUCACUUGAUUAGAUCUCUCUUGUAAUGGAAAAAUGAUCGCAUCAGGACAGAAAGGAGAUAACUCUGACAUUCUUCUUUGGGACUAUGAGAGUAAGAAAGCAGUUUUCAGAUUAUCGGAACAUGAUAAUCAGAUUGACUGCCUUCAUUUCUCCCAUGAUGAUAUGCUUUUGAUAUCUUCUGGAAAUCAAUUAGACGGUAAAUUAUUUAUUUGGGAUACUUCUAAUGGAUAUAUCGUUACAUCGAUGCAGCUUUUGCCCACAGUUAUCUCUGAAGCCCCCAACUGAAUCAGUUUCGGUGGAUUUGUAAAAGACGUUAAAUUGAGAGAGACAGCAAACUACCAGUUUGCCACUUCUGGAAGCAAGAAAUUAAUGUUGUGGUCGCUUGAGCCAAGCACUGGAAAUCUAGAAUACGAGCUUAUAUCAACAGGAACUUUCAUUAGAGAUUACAUAUGAUUUGCAUUUGGAAAGCCAAGCGAACAAUAUUUAUUUGCUGGAACAAAGAGUGGAGAUUUUGUGUCAUUCCAGAUAAAGCAUAAGCUUCUUGUCUUCGUUCAAAAUGUAUGAGCUCAAGGAGUAACUUGAAUCUCUGCUGUUACUGAGGAUAAGGUAUGCUGUGGAGGAGGGGAUGGUACACUUGCUCUUUAUCAUGUCGACGGAAAAUUCUGCCAAGAACUUCUCAAGACCACUCUUGCUGGAGGGAUCAAUGGGCUCUCUUCUUCUGAAGAUGGAAUCCAGUUGUUAGUUUCUACUGAUAGAGGAUUCAUUUACAGAGUAAGAGUUUCUGACUUCUCAUGAAUGCUUCUUGGAGAGAAUCAUAUCUCUGAUGUCUUACAAGUUUCAUUCAUGAAUGGAAUUUCAGAUAAAUUUGCAACAUGCUCAGAAGAUACAACCAUCCGUCUUUGGGAUUCUAAUGAUUAUUCAGUUUAUGCCAGAUGUGCAGUCCUAGCUGGUGGGCAUCCAACCUGUUGUAACUUCACUGAAGAGGUUGUCAUUUCUGGAUGGUCAGAUGGAAAAAUCAGAUCUUUCAGAACUGACAACUGCGAAUUAUUAUGGGCAAUUGAUAAUGCACACAAGAAUGGUGUGACAACCUUAUGCAUUAGCAAUAACUUCAAAUUCCUUGCAACAGGAGGAUAUUCAGGAGAUGUAAGAGUUUGGGAGAUUAGAUCAAGAGAACUUAUAUCUCAUCUCAAAGAGCAUACUAGCACUGUCACUAAAGUGGAAGUCCUUGAAGAUGAUAUCCACUUGCUUUCUUGUGCCAGAGAUAAAGCAAUUCUAUGCUGGGAUCUCAAGAACGAAAAGAGAGUUUCCAAUCAUACCCAGAGAAUGGGAGGAAUUAAUGGGUUCUCAUUCAAUCCAGAAAAUCAAAAUAAGGUUCUCUCAGUCGGUCAAGAAAGAAAGGUAACUUACUGGGAUUUGUCUAAGAGCGAAGCAGAAGGAGUUGUUGAUACCUCAUCUAACCCAAGUGAAAGUGACGAACAAUUCUCUAUUGAUAUUUCUAAAGACGGAAGAUACUUUGUUACAGGAGGAGCCCUUGGGAUUCUAAGAAUUUGGGAUUAUGUAGAAGGAAAAAUUGUGAGUGAACAAGCUGGGCAUUCUAAUACAAUUACCUCUGUCAGUUUCACUCCAGAUGGAAAGCAAGUUAUCUCAACUGGAAGAGACGGACUUGUUCUUGUAUGGAAUGUAUUUACUUAA